AUGUCUCCCGCUCCAUCGCCCGGAAACGACGUCUUUCCUGACGGUCCGUCUAUGCGACAACCUGCCUUGUCCUGGCUGUACAGGCUGGAAUGCGAUAUCGCCAAGGAGGAACUCAACGUCGGUGCUCCUCACGGCGCAGGGAUCAUCCGCAGUGUCGCGAAUAUCGUGCGCGGAAGUAUCAAGGGCCCCGGCAUUGAAGCAACGAUCCUGUCACUGGGAGGAGCUGACUGGGCCACUGUAAUCAAGGGAACGCACUCAAUGAAGCUUGACGCGCGGUACACUGCGCGCACCUCUGACGGCCACUACCUCUACAUCCGCGCGCAUGGGCUUUAUCGCCCCGGUCCAGGAACCGAGUACGCGAAGCAAGUCGAGCAGGACUGGACACAGGCCCCGAAGGCCGUCGUCACUCAAGACGAUGUAGAAUUCUUUUCGCAUUUACGCCUGGAGGCGGGACCUGGGCCGUACAAUUGGUUGAAUGGACUGGUGUGCCUCGGUGUGAUGGUCUGCGAGGGCGAAAAGAUCUGGAUUGAUGCGUACCAUCUCACGAACUUCCCAGGUAUCAAGCCGGAAGAUGUAGUGGCCAAGGCAUGA